AUGGCAGGAAGAGGAGUAUUUAAAGUGACUUGCAUCAUCAUUCUUUUCUUCCUAUCGAAGGAAAAGCCCAAUUUCUCCGUUCAGUUCAGCCGGUUGUAUUCGUCACGGCCUAAUCACUGCCUAGCCAUGUCACUUGAGAACGCUCUCACAGAUAUACCUAGGGUCGGAACGCUUGCACUUCAUGAAGGAAGGUUGCGCGGUUCCAAUAGUCAACUGCGGCAAGAGACAUGCAUUGACUUGCGAGCCGAGUAUCCGAAUACACCGACAAUGUCUGAUCCCAAGCUGCGGCAGACUCCGCAUGAAGAUGAUUGUUUGAAUUAUCUCAUUGCUCCAUCGCCCCGGCGGCUACCAGGCUACAAGAGGCCCGUGCUGACGGAUGCCUAUCCAUCCGCCAUUGAUGCCACUAUGGGUAGGUCAGUAGCUAUCAAGCGCCUUGGAAUGUUUCGUCUUGUUCUCGUUCAUCAAUACUGCACUGCCUGA